AUGGCUUCGGAAAAAAGUACACUGAUUUUCUUGGUUAUGCUUGCUUUAUGUGGUGUUUGUUUUGGUGUUGUGCAUAGAGUUGGUGACUCUAGUGGGUGGUCUUCUAGAGGCCUUGUUGAUUACAACGAGUGGACUUCAACAAAAGACUUCUAUGUUGGCGACACACUCAUAUUUGCUUACAACAAUCAAUUCCACAACGUGAUGCAAGUUACUAACCAAGAUUACGAAUCUUGCAACCCUACUUCUCCGAUCGCAGUCUAUACCUCGGGAUCUGACAACAUCACCCUUGAUGGGCCUGGCAACUUUUACUUUUUGUGUGGUGCUGCUGGCCAUUGUCAAGCCGGACAAAGGGUUGAGAUCAUGGCCACCCUACCUACACCAGAUGGCUCUUUUGUAAGUCCAAGCCCGGCACCUUAUGGAUCCUCACCUUCAGCUUCUCAUUCAGAAGUGUCGCCAAGCUCUGAACAAAGUAGUGGUCCUGCUCCUCAUUCUGAAAUGAUGUCGCCAAGCUCAGCUCUAAGCAUUCAUUUUUCGAAACUUGGGUUGGGUGUCACCGUAGUUGGUGACUCCAACGGGUGGACUUCUAGAGGCCUUGUUGAUUACAAUGAAUGGGCAUCAACAAAAGACUUUCAUGUCAACGACUCCCUCAUUUUUACUUACAACAAUCAAUUCCACAACGUGAUGCAAGUUACCAACCAAGAUUUUGAAUCUUGCAACCCUACCUCUCCAGUCGCAGUCUAUACCUCAGGAUCUGACACCAUCACCCUUGAAGGACCUGGCAAGUUUUACUUUAUGUGUGGUGCUCCUGGCCAUUGUCAAGCCGGACAAAGGGUUGAGAUCACGGCCACCCUACCUACACCAGAUGACUCAUUUGCAAGUCCAACCCCGACACCUUAUGGAUCAUCACCUUCAGCCUCUCAUCCUGAAGUGCUGUCGCCAAGCUCAGCUCUAAGCACUAGUCCUGCUCUUCAUUUUUCGAAACUUGGAUAUUUGCCUACAUGCUCCUUGAGGAUACGAUACUUGGACUUCCAAGAUUAUUACUACGUGUGA